GGCACAAAGGCUGUGACGUCGCCCCCGCGUGGCAGCAGGAGGAGUUAACAGUCGCCAAGGCAGGGGAGCGCCGCCCGGCGGCAGGAAGAUGUGCCCUGGGGAGCCAGGGGUUGUAAGCAUGAAACCAUCUACCAUGCUCCUCCUGUGAGAACCUUGUCCUCCUGCUCCUAAAACACCUACAAGAAAGGACACUUUGCUUUUCUACUUCAGCUCGCCACCUUUCCUGCUCCCACAGAUACACAGAGAUUUCAUCCCGGCGUGAGACCCUACAGUAAGUGAUUACCGAGUCUAAGUUUCCAGCAAUGGCCUUGCUCCCGAUGGUGGUAUUUCUCAUAACUAUGCUGCUUCCAUCUUUACCCACAGAAGGAAAGGAUCCAGCUUUUACUGCUUUGUUGACCACCCAAUCACAAGUGCAAACUGAGAUUGUAAAUAAACACAAUGAACUAAGGAAAUCUGUCACCCCUUCUGCCAGCAACAUGCUAAAAAUGGAAUGGAGCAGAGAAGCAACAGUGAAUGCACAAAAGUGGGCAAAUAAGUGUACUUUACAGCACAGUAACCCAGAUGACCGAAAGACCAGUACCAAAUGCGGUGAGAACCUCUACAUGUCAAGUGAUCCUGCUGCCUGGUCAAAUGCCAUCCAGAGCUGGUUUGAUGAGAGCCGAGAUUUUACCUUUGGAGUAGGUCCAAAGAGUCGCAGUGCAGUUGUGGGACAUUAUACACAGCUUGUUUGGUAUUCAUCUUACCUUGUUGGCUGCGGAGUUGCCUACUGUCCCAAUCAAGAUAGUCUAAAAUACUACUACGUUUGCCAGUACUGUCCUGCGGGUAAUAAUGCGAAUACCAAGAAUACGCCUUACAAACAAGGAACGCCUUGCGCCAGCUGCCCUAAUCACUGUGAAAACGGAUUAUGCACCAAUAGUUGUGAGUAUGAAGAUCUCCUUAGUAACUGCGAGUCUUUGAAGGAGUCAGCUGGCUGUGAUCAUCAACUGCUUGUGGAAAAGUGCAAGGCUACUUGCAGAUGUGAAAACAAAAUUCACUAAAACACCCAGUGUGCACUGUACACAACAUAGUGGAAAAGAGUUGCAUCAUUUGGCUGAGAUAUAACCAGGGGAAAACUCUAGACAUGUUAGCUACAAAUUGAUCCCAAAUAGCAGUACUUCUUACUCUCCUGGAUAUUUAGAAAAACCUGCUUUGUACAGCAAUUUACAGAAGAGACAUUAUAAUGACAUCUGUGGACUUUGAUAGAAAUCUGAUUCUUUGAUGAUUUGGAUCAAGCUGAGAAUUUUGAAGGCGGUACAUUCAUAGGACUUAGGUCACUAGAUGUUUGGAUCAAGAUGGGGAAUUAUUUGUCUCCUGAAGCACCUUGAUUAAAAAAAAAGAAAAGACUGAAACAGCAUGGUCAUUCCUGCUCAUCAUAUUUGACCUGUGUGAAGAAGAAAUUCCAGGGUUGGCACCUUCAUUUGUCUUAUGGUUUUUCUUUUAAACAAAAGUGAUCAGCUUUCUCAAUAAAUGGUUUAUCUCAGCAAAUA